UGCUCAUGCAUGAGUAAGUCAAUGCCAAAACUCUGAGUUGGGUUUUCAGAUUGUUGGGAAGAUGGAGAAGGUGCCAAGAAGUCUGGUUUUAGGCGCAACGCCAUUGUUCUGCUUGCUUCUCCUCACGUUGCUCUACACUGCCGACAUCGGAUCGCGUGAAGUUCCAUCAAGUCAAUGGAAAAAAACGGAUUCGGGCGCCAGUCGCAUAGAACAUCAACAUGAUCACCUGCAUUUUCUCAUGAAAAGACUGCUGAAAGGAGAAAAUCAAACUCAGCUGGAAGCGACUGGAUUUGCUUGCCAUUAUGACAUUCACACUGAAGUUUGUGUGUCCAAUAGACCAAUAAGAAUCGAUACACUUACAAUGACGGUUUAUGCACCAUUCAAUCAAGGAAUGCCCCAAGCCAGUCGGAGAAUUCGUCCAUAUCCGAAGGAGGAUGAUAAGUCGACAAUGAGAAGGAUUUCAUCAGUGCAGGUACUUCAGGGAAACAUCUCCCCGCCUCCAGCUUGUGAGUAUACCCAUAAUGUCCCUGCCGUAGUUUUCUCAUCCGGCGCAUCCUCAGGAAACAUAUUCCAUGAAAUCAGUGAAUUAAUAAUUCCUUUGUUCAUCACUAGUCGCCAUUUUCAAUCUCGCCUACGCUUUAUUGUCCCCGAUUUUGAUAUUCGGUUCAUAAGUAAAUAUAAGAAAAUUUUCUCCCAUUUGUCAAGCUAUGAAGUCAUUAAUCCAGCAGCAAAUGUAAGUGUGCAUUGCUUUACGGGAGCAGUUGUCGGGCUUCACUACCAUGACAAUCUUGCCAUUAAGACCAUGGACGUCCCCGAAGGUUACUCCAUGCUUGAUUUCAGGCAGUUUGUCACCGAAUCUUACAAUCUAAAGAUACGAGAUUUGUCGCAAAUGGAAAAACCGACAUUGGUACUUAUUUCUCGUAAGAACAAAAGAGCCUUUAUGAACGAAGAUCAGAUGGUUACCAUGAUAAAGGAAUUGGGCUUCAGAGUUAUCAUCGCACAGCCUGAUAUGACGGCCAAUUUGGACAAAUUUGCAGAGAUAGUGAACUCGUGCAGCGUACUAGUUGGCGCCCACGGUGCUGGGAUGACAAAUGCUGUCUUCUUGCAAAAAGGGGCUGUCCUGGUGCAAGUGGUGGGGCUGGGCCUUGAAUGGCUCUCAAACAUCACCUAUGGCACACCAGCUAUAGGAAUGGGUUUGAAUUACAUAGAUUACAAAAUUGAACCAGAGGAAAGCUCUCUCGUCUCUCUUUAUGGCAAAGAUCACCCUGUCAUUGUUGAUCCGCAAUCCAUCGCCUCGAAAGGGUAUGAGGCUGUUAAGGAUGUGUACCUUGUAAAGCAGAAUUUUAAUAUUGAUGUUGUGAGGUUUAGAAAGACUCUUGUGAACGCACUUGAACUUCUUGGGCGUUCAGCUCCUUUGGGUUGAAAACAAUGUUUUGAUAUGGAUCUUUCUAGUAACUUCUGUAGAUACUACAGUUACGAAAGAAAGAGGAAUCCGUGUUAUUGGAAGUGAAAGAAUUGAUGAAACA